UCUCGGGAUCACUCGUUCGUUGAACGUAUUCGUUCAUGAACGAGUGGAAUCGAACGUAUAGUUCGAAUCGAGUCAAUUCUCGAGCAUAUCUCCAACUACUCGUUCCGGCGAAAGUGUACGUUCAUUUCGAACAGAGAAUAAACUUGGCAUCGUAGCAAAAUUCAUCGAAUAAUCAGCGUUUAAUCAUAAACUCAUAUUAAUAAUUCUAUGCUUUUGAUAAUUCUGUGCCUAUUUAUGGUUGAAUUUGAAUUUUGAAAAUACGUCAAAUCAAAAUCUUCAGAAUUGGUUUUGUUUAACUAAAACAUCAGUUUUGAAGUGAAUAAAGAUUUUCGUUUCUUGUUUGAAUAUGGAAAAAAGAAACGAACCAAUGUCCGUCGAACAAAAAGAAAUAUUAAUAGAGUUUAUAAGCUCCCAUCCUGAAAUAAAGCAGAAAUUCUCGUCAACUUUCUCUAGACAAGACUCCAUAGCUUUGUGGAAAGAUCUUACAAAUAUAUUAAAUGGAACCCCAGGUGCAAAAAAAGACUGGAAAGAGUGGAGGAAGAGUUGGCACGACAUUCAGUCAAGGACGAAAACUAAAAAGGCGCAGAUUAAUGCCCAUUCUUCGAAAACGGGUGGUGGACCUGCAACGGUAGAUCUUUCAGAGGCAGAUGAAACUGUCAUAAGAAGCUUAUUGGAAGUAGUAGAACCACAGGCGUAGGAAAUUGUGUUGGAAAAUGAUAAAAAAAUGGAAUGUGACCAAAAACAAAAGGACACGAAUUCUCUUAAUGCACCUCUGCAGAAAGACAUUCUCCUUAAUGAUAAUAUAGGGAAUGAUGAAGCUCACGUUGGAAAAAAAAAUGGAGAAAAGAGAAAUUUUGCUACGCAGCGUUUGGAUAAAGCUGUAGAACAAAAUACUCAAACGAUAGAUCUACUGCAU